AUGGAUGGUUUAUCCUCGGCGGCGAGCGUUAUUGCGGUCAUUCAACUAACGGGAAGCCUCGUGAAGCUUUGUGGGGGGUACAUUCAAGAGGUGCAAGAUGCACGAGACGAAGUUUUCACAUUACAACGGGUGAUUGCAGACCUCCGAGGCACCCUCCAAGACCUGCAGAAAUUCCUCGAAAGUAACUACGGAAAGGCCCUACCUACCUCAUCGCGACUAGUCAGCAAUAUAACCGAGUGCCUCUCCGACCUCCAAGCCUUAGAAGCGAGGCUUGAUCUAGGAAAGGGAAAGAAGCUGAUGAGGAAAUUGGGCUUACGAGCCUUCAAGUGGCCGCUGAAACGCACAGAGGUAGAGGGUGUUGUUCAGAACCUCGAGAGAUAUAAAUCUUCAUUUCUAUUAUCUUUACAGGUAGAUCAGACCUCCCUGAUGGUUGGCCUGGCUCAGGAUAUAGAUCUGGGGCAGUUGGAUGGUGCAAUGGAGGCAGGGAUUUCUGGAAUGAGGUUUGGCGUACAAGAGGCACUCCGUCAUGACCCUGACAUUGCGUCAAAAUCGCUUAGGGAGCAGUUUGAGAAAUUACUCCUUCAACCACUGCUCAAUCUCAACCAACUCGGCCGACAACCUCAAAUCGCAGUGAUGGUGAUCGACGCUUUAGACGAAUGUGAACGUGAUGAAGAUGUCCGAAACAUAAUUCGAUUACUGCCUCUUCUACAAAACGCAAAAACGGUUCACCUUCGGAUUUUCUUGACUAGUAGGCCUGAACUCCCCAUCAGCCUCGGUUUUUCAGAUAUCGCGGAUCAUGAUUACCAGCACGUAGCUCUUCACGAGGUACCCGAAGAAGUGACAGAACAUGAUAUACGUUUGUUCCUACAAGACCGAUUUACGAAGAUCAAACACGACAGAAAUAUUUCCCCAGACUGGCCCGGCGAUGACGUCAUUGAAAAAUUGGUUGCGAUGUCCGUUCCACUGUUUAUUUCGGCUGCCACCGUGUGCCGUCACAUUGAAAAAUCAAAAUGCGAACCCAAAUUGCGCCUCGCAGAGCUUAUAAUGGACCAAGCCAAAUAUGUAUCAAGAAUGGACAAGACAUACCUGCCGAUUCUGACGCGACUACUGGACGAUCAAGAGAGUGAUGAGUUGGAGCAGCAGCAGCUCCUGCAAGAGUUCCAGGGAAUAGUCGGUGUCAUCAUCCUUCUUGCUGUUCCACUUUCUAUAAAUGCGCUGUCGCUUCUUCUUGGGAUAGGAGCAGAUCAGAUCAGCAAUCGAUUGGAUUCGUUCCGGUCGGUUUUAAGCAUUCCUGAUGACCGAGAUCAGCCUGUUAGGAUUUUACAUCUAUCAUUUCGGGACUUUUUGGUCCAGCCUAGGCCCAAGUUUACUGUUGAUGAGCCAAGAAAGCAUAAAGACAUUGCCAAGUCGUGUCUCAAAACUAUGCGGAGUCGCCUGCAGAAAGAUAUAUGCAAUCUAGCGAGCCCUGGAACGCAUAGGGCAGACAUCGACCCUCAAGAUAUUCGCCAGCAUCUACCACCGGAAUUACAAUACUCUUGUCGUUACUGGAUAUACCAUUUUGAACAUAGUCAGGCUUUUCAUUCUGAGAUAGAAGAAGUGCGACUAUUCCUCCAGAAGCAUUUCUUGCACUGGGUGGAAGCCAUGAGCCUGCUUGGUCUUAUAUCGGAGGUGGUGGGUAUGCUUGAUCUCCUUCACACGACUAUAUUAGACAAUAACGAUUCCGCACUCGCUGUCUUUGUACAUGAUGCAAAGCGCUUUAUUCUUAAAAAUCGACAUAUAGCCGAUAAGGCGCCUCUUCAGAUUUAUUGUGCAAGCUUGGUAUUUGCACCUCGAAUGGCAAUCAUUCGUAGAGAGUUCAACACAGAACUUCCUAUUUGGUUAUGCCAAUUACCGCAAGUGGAGGAAACAUGGAGCGCAGAAUUACAAAAUUUUGAAGGACAUUCAGAUUUGGUUUGGUCGGUAACUUUCGCACCUGACGGGCAGCUGCUGGCCUCCAGUUCCGAUGAUCAAACAGUGCGGCUCUGGGACCUUUCGACUGGCUCCCUUCAGCAGACUCUUGAAGGCCAUUCAGACUUGAUUUGGUCGGUGAUGUUCUCACCUGACGGGCGCUUACUGGCAUCUGGCUCCUAUGAUAAAACAGUGCGGAUCUGGGACCCUACGACAGGUACCAUGCUACGGACCCUGCGGGGUCAUUUUCACUCGAUUACAUCAGUAGCCUUUUCGCCUGACGGGCUACUACUGGCGUCUGGCUCCUAUGAUAAAACAGUACGGCUCUGGGACCCUACGACGGGUGCCUUGCAACGGACUCUGAAGGGCCAUUUAGACUACGUUAACUCAGUGACAUUCUCGCCCAAUGGACGACUACUGGCGUCCGGCUCCGAUGAUCAAUCAGUGCGGCUCUGGGAUCCUACGACGGGCACUCUUCAACGGACCCUCGAAGGCCAUACACAUUCAGUCCAGUCAUUGGCCUUCUCGUCCGAUAGCCCGUUGCUGGCGUCUGGCUCCUACGAUGGAACAGUACGGCUCUGGGACACUAUAACGGGCGACCCACUGAAAAUUAUCGGCAACCACUUAACAUGGGUGAGGUCAGUAGCAUUUUCGCCUAACGGGCGGCUGCUGGCGUCUGGCUCCUAUGAUAAAAAAAUAAGAUUAUGGGACCCUACAACAGGCGAUCUAGAACAUACUCUUGAAGGCCAUCUAGACUGGGUUUGGUCAGUAGCAUUCUCGCCCGAUGGGCGGCUGCUGGCUUCUGGCUCUAACGACCGAACGGUACGGCUCUGGGACCCCACGAUAAGAGGCCCAAAAGAAAGUCGCGAUGACUAUGUGGACGAAGUUUGGUCAGUAGCCUUCUCGCCUAACGGACAGUUGCUGGCGUCUGGUCACUAUGAUAAAACAGUGCGGAUCUGGGACCCUACGACAGGGGCCAUGCUACGGACCCUGCGGGGCCAUUUGCGCUCAAUUACAUCAGUAGCCUUUUCACCUAACGGGCUGCUACUGGCGUCCGGCUCCUGCGAUCAGACAGUGCGGCUCUGGGACUCCAUAACAGGCGCCCUACAACAAACUCUCGAAGGCCAUUCAUAUCCAGUUAAUUCAGUUGCAUUUUCACCUAACGGGCGGCUACUGGCGUCCGCCUCCCGCGAUCUGACAGUGCGGCUCUGGGACCUCAAGACGGGUUCUCUGCAAUAUAUCAUCGAGGGCCAUUUAGACUCGGUUAAGUCAGUGACGUUCUCACCCGAUGGGCGGUUACUGGCAACGGGCUCUAAUGAUCAAACGGUGCGGCUCUGGGACCUUUCGACGGGUACCCUUCAACAGACCUUCGAGGGCCAUUCAGACACAAACAGUGCGGCUCUGGGAUACUACGAAAUGCGACUUACAGCAGACUUGGAAUGUGGAAGGGGACGCCACUCAUCUUGA